AUGCCUUUUUAUGCUGUAGCAAAGGGACGCACAGCUGGAAUUUAUAUGACAUGGCCGGAUUGCGAAGCACAAGUAAAAGGGUUUCCAGGUGCCAGAUACAAAAAGUUUGAUUCUGUCUUAGCUGCCCAAGAGUUCAUCACAACACAGGGUAAUAAUAAAGAUACGUCUAGUAAAGCCAAACAAAAUGUCUCGUCUAAUGCUCCCAAAAAUACUGCUAACCUCAAAAGAAAUUUCUCUACGUCUACAACCCAACAAAAUAAUGACGAUAUUCCGAAGAAAAAAUCAAAAUCUAAUCGGAAGUCUAAAAGCAGCAAAGAUUCAGAUUCGGAGGCGUCGGACGAUUUAAAUAAUAUAUUAAUCAAACAGAUGAAUGAUAUUGAAAAAAGGUUGAAAGGUUUUGGAAAAGGCGUUGAUAAAAUUAUUAAAAAAAGCGCUAAAGGUGAACGUAAAAGUAUACUGAUUGAACCACAGGGUAUGCAAGGUGCGAGUGAUAAUGGUGAUGACUUUAAAUUUGAUGAAGAUGGUUAUGUUCAAGUGUAUACUGAUGGAGCUUGUUCAUCUAACGGGAAGAAUGGUGCCCGAGCCGGUCUCGGAGUGUUCUGGGGCGAGGGACACCCUUUAAAUAUUAGUAAACCAGUCUCUGGAAGAGCAACAAAUAAUUGCGGUGAAAUCCAAGCAGCUACGGAGGCUAUAAGAACUGCAAUAGACAAUGGAAUUACUAAACUGGCCAUAAAUACUGACUCUAAGUUUCUAAUAAAUUCAGUUACCAAGUGGAUUUCAGGUUGGAAGAGAAAAGGUUGGAAACUAGCGUCAGGGGAGCCGGUGAAAAAUGAAAAAGACUUCAAAGAGUUAGAUAGUAUUCAGAACAAGAUUGAUAUUAAAUGGAUCUAUGUUGAAGCACAUCGAGGAAUACAUGGCAAUGAAAUGGCUGAUCAACUGGCCAAGGCUGGAGCUGCUAUGUAUAAUAAAUAA